GAACGACCGGCCGCAGCCGUUCCACGUCCCCAGCACCACCGGGGGCCUCCGCUCGCCGUCGCACCUCGCCUGUAUCUCAUGCGCCCCCCUCCUGCUCCGCCGUCUGGUGAACUGAAAAACCAGACUCGUACCAAAGACAUCCGGGAGCAAACUCCACUGGAUUCUGAUUGAGCAGACCCACAUGGAGAUGAGCCUGCUGAGAAGCCGGACCCUCGCUCCACUCCCAUUGACGCCCCGGCCGGUCUCCGCCCAGCGCCGCCGCCGCCGGCGGCUUCCCUCCGUAACAUUCUUCCCGCCGCAGCCUCCUCCGCCAAGCCGAGGGGACAGGGCGUGCAGCAGCGCAAUGCGGCAGCGGCAGGAGUGGGUGGGGGACUGGGUCCGGAGCAACGACACGCUCGUCCGCGCCCUCCCCAUCCUCGUCGGCGGCGCGUCACUCCUCGCCGUCCUCCUCAACCGCGCCGUUUCCGGCAUCGCCGCCGUCUCCGACGCCUCCAGUUCGCAGUCGAGGGCCGACAUACUCACCUUGGCGCUCUCUGUAACUGACAUCCUUGCCGGCCUUGUUUGGCUGUCAAUCCGCCCGAAAACCAUUUCUCCGGUCGUUCCUCGAGGUGUCGAUUGUAAGCCAGUGGAUGCGGAUGUAUCAAGUUCUGCUCUUCGUGAACUACUUUGGACAUGGGAUUCCCUGACGGCUGCAACUUGUUGCAAAUCCUUGGUUGUUGUGUAUGGAGGUAAUUGCAAACUUCAAAUUGGGGUUGCUGCUGCCUCUCCAGAAGAUGGUAAUGCUGUUAAUGUGGAUGCACAGAAGUUCAUGCAAGGUUCCCUUUACAAGAGUGCCAUGGAAUCGAAGAAGCAAUCUUAUCUAGCAAAUCUUGCUUUAUAUCCUGGAAGGACUGAGUUGCCAUUUCUGCCAGCUAACACGCAGGCUCUAAUAUUGCAGCCAAUUGGUGACAAAGGAAUUGCAGUUAUUGGUGGUGACACUAUAAGGGGCUUCACCAAUCUUGAUCAGGCAUGGAUUGGUAUGAUUGCAGACAAAUUGGAUGCUACAUUGUCAAAGUCUUAAGCUCACAUUAUGUUCAUUUCUCUCUUAAUUGGCCAUACACCCAGACCAUAUUUAUUGGAUCCCAGAAGUCAUCGAGGUACAUGUGGGAGCUGAAACCGGAGUUUACAAAAGAACAUCUCCCACACCCUAACAUUACAGGCUCCGGUAUUUGGGGAAAUUUGGUUGACCAAAAUUAUGGGAUUAUAUAUAUGCCCAACCGCUAACAACGUGCAUGAUCCGUCCUUUCAAAGUUUCUGAAAUCAACCACAAAUUAGGAGGCAGCUGCCCUGCUUUUCAGUCUGUCAGUUAAUGCUUUACCCUGAUUUUAGAAAACGCAAAGCAAGGUGCGUUUACUAUAUGUGUGGUGCCUAAUUUGUUGAUACUGUUACCAUGGUGGAGCCAUCUGAUUCAAAUAUCAUUUGAAAUUCUUGCUAUACUACUUUGAAGCAGUGUCAGUAAUGUAUAUCAACUAUCAUAAGAGUGAAGUUAUGAUUGUGGCCUGUGAUUUA